UCCGUUCACUCAGUCAAGUGGUUGUUGGCCGCGUAGUAGUGCGGGAGGUGGAUUCGUCGGCACUCGAGUGGAGGACGGACGCCUGCUUGUUUUGUCAGCAACUCCGUCGCGUUUCUGGGAAGUUCAAACGUUUGCGGUUGCUAAUUUUAUGUGAAUAUCAGGCUGCAUUUAAUCGAUUGUACAUGUCAGUUUCAUGAUGCAUGUUUAAUUGUGCUUAUGUUUUGGUGCAAUGUUUUACGGUGAUUUGAACGGUCAUAAAUGUCCUAGCUUGUGUAAUGUUAAUUAACCGUUCAUUCAUGGCUUAGGCCAAACAACGUUAAUAGAAUUUAUAACUUGUCCACAGUGUUUGUACAAGCAAAAGGCCUAUAUAUCAAACGAUAUAUAUAACUGUCACUUGGAGUUCAUCAAGAGAGGAGUGUUUUCAGAUGCAAUCACAUCCAUCGAGACUGAUGGAAACGUUUGUCUGGGAAGGCGUAUCAUGGACAUGACGUCAUUAGGCAGAUGGGCUGUCACUAAGCCGUGUGCUGGUUUCUUCGUCAUGAAGUCUGUGCCAUGAAAAUAAGGGUACUGGAGAAACAUACUAUGUGCAUUGUAGGAGAAGACUACCAACUUGUUCCACGCGAAGAUCCAAGUCUUGAAUUUUCGAGGGGGCCACUCAUGGGGGGACGUUUUGGGCUCUCCUUAUUUAUGAGCACACCACGACGGGUGGUCCCCAUAAUCAUUAUUUCUUCUCUUCUUGUGUGUUGUAUUCUGUAUUACACAUCUCCAAUGAGUGCAACGGCAGUGUUUGCUCCGUCAGCAACAUCUGAAAGAAAUGGACUUCCUUCUGCCAAAACAGAAGCAUACCCAAAGCGACUACGUUUUCGAGGCACUCAGAGGCGGUUACCACAGGCCCUAAUAAUUGGAGUACGUAAAUGUGGAACAAGGGCGUUAUUAGAAAUGCUCAACCUCCAUCCACGAGUGCGGAAAAAUGGGAAUGAGAUGCAUUUCUUCGAUGUUGAUGAACGAUAUGCUAAUGGCAUUGAAUGGUACAGAAAGAAGAUGCCAUAUUCUUUUGAUAAUCAGGUAACGGUAGAAAAGACACCUUCCUACUUUGUAUCUAGGGAAGCACCUGCUAGGGUACGAGCAAUGAAUGAAUCAACCAGGUUGUUACUUAUUGUCAGGGAACCUGCAAUUAGAGUCUUGUCUGAUUACACUCAGAUUAUGGACUCAAAGCUCAAGAAAGGAGUGAAAGUACCACAGUUUCAUGAAAAAGUACUUACGCCAGAGGGAGAGGUCAAUGAUGGGUACAAAGCAAUCAAGAUUAGUCAGUAUGCUGUGCAUCUAUUACACUGGCUUCGUGAAUUUCCUCUAGAUCAAAUACAUAUCAUUGAUGGUGACAAUCUGAUAGUUGAUCCAUUUACAGAAAUUGAUAAGGUCCAGCGGUUCUUGAGACUUCCUCCACACAUCACUGCUGAGAAUUUUUAUUUUAAUGAAACAAAAGGCUUCUACUGUAUGAGAAAUGAAACAUUUCAGAAAUGUCUAGCCGAAUCUAAAGGUCGACCACACCCUCAAGUGGAUCCUGUUGUUAUGUCUCGGUUACGAAAAUUCUUUGCUCCUUUCAAUGAACAGUUUUAUGAAAUGGUAGGUCGAAAUUUCAGUUGGCCCACAUCAUAGCAUUUGAGUAAAGCAUAACCAAAAAUGAAUUGGUUCUACUGAGUUAUAUUGCUGGUUCAUGUUCAGCAGUUUAGUUAGUGAUUUUAAUAUGGUUAUGCUAAUCAGUUUUUAGGUUGAUUUUCAGUAUUUAUAUUAUAUAUAUAUAUAUAUGAAUUCUGGCAUGUUCUGAGAUUUAUGAAUCUCUGGACAAAAGCCAAUAUAUUUUUACAUUCCUGUGACCGAAUAGUUUUUUAUUCUAUUAAAACUGACAAAUUGCUAAAAUAUCUGAAAGUAAAAAAAUACUUAUCACAAAGUUUAACUCUCAGGAAAGAAGCAUUUAAGAUCUAAAUAAUGCUUCUGUCAGUACUAUUGUCAUCCCAUUGUCUGAUGACACCAUCAGUCACAGGACAUCUAGUCGUCUUCUCAGAAAUUGCACAUUGCUGUAGUUUUCAGGUGCACCAAUUUUUUUUGUUACUACUGUCUUUUAUGUAGCGCCUUCAUGUUGUACCUUAAUAAACAGUUGCUCAGUCGUAGUAAGUUUAACAAAGAUGGCUUUGGAUUAAAUGUCCGAGAGUUAAGGAAGCCUUUCAGAGCUUUGGAUUAAACUUACUUCAAUGCGAUUGGUCGGGUUUUUAUGGUACUAGCCAUUGUCUGAGCUAUAUAGGGCUCAGCUUGAUUUCAUGAAAUAUGUUGUUCUUGUCACAGUUGUUGUCUUUCCUUCAGGGACACACGGUUGACCACUGAAGUGGUUUUUGUCAUUUUCUGAGGUAGUUGAGAGGACCAGUAGAAAUAAGAAUAAGUAAAAUAACCAGUUUUUAAUGGAAAUCCAGUUUUUAAUUGAAAUGUGGUGAUUAAUGACUUUUUGUUAUGAUGUUUUAUUUAUCCUUAAGUUUAAAGAUGACUUUUUUUCACAAAAAAUUUACUUUAAUCAAGAAAGCUGUAUUGUUAGAUUUUGAAAUAUUUGUUACUGAUACAUUCAGUAUGUACAAGAUGCUUUCUUUAUGAAGUGGAAAUGUUUAUUAAAUUUAAAAAAAAAAUUUAUAUCAAAUUUUCUUAAUAUUAGUAAAUUUUGUGUAAUAUAUAUGUCUGCAAGUGAUCCUAAAUACUAAUAUACAAUACUCUUAGCAAUAUUUAAGGCAUAACAUUUCAGAUAGAAAAUUUAACAAGGGUCCACCGUGUGUCCAUGUGCAAGUGGCACUUAGCAACGAGUCUGUCCAGUCCUGCACUUAGCGGGAGGGGAACUUUACUACCCCUCCUGCCUCUUAUUUGCACUAAUGUUGAUAUAUUGUAAGGGAUUAAGAGUUUUGUGGUCAUAGGCUGUCAUUAAAUAUAAGACAUUUAGUUAAUUAUAUUUGUAAGUAAGCUAUAAUAUUCAAUACAAGUAAAUUUGUCAAGGAAAUGGAAAGGUGCUGUGUACAGGAUGUAGAGUUAAUUUGUUGUGUAAAAUGUCAAUGAUCAAGUAAAGAAUCUACUUCCAUCCUGUUAAACUGAAAAAUUAUUGUAAUGAUGCCAAAAUUUUUGUAAUAUCAUUCAUGUCUAACUCUUAUUGUUCGAGAUCAUAGAUUGAGCAUUUGUAGUAAAUGAGGCACCAAACUAUAUACAUUAAGUUUGUCUUUAGUCAUAGUCCUUUGAUUACUCCUUUAGUUGUGUAGAGAAAGGAACAUACUAUUUUCAAAACACAUUUCCAGCUAUUUUUGUACCUAUAUACAUGUGUUUCAGUCUUCAGAUUUAAUAGAUAUAUUUUAAAUAAUUUUUUCUACACUUUAGAUAAAAUAUUCAUUCCUGAUCAACAAAUUUUAAUGUGUGAAAUUUAAUACAAUAGAUAUAUUUUCAUUAAUUUUCAUUAAUUUUUUUCUGUAUUAUAUAGAUAAAGUAUUCAUACAUGAUAAACAAAUUUCAAUGUGUGAAAUUCAUAUCAUUGUUAAUUUAGGGCAUGAAUGUUUUUUCUCAUUGUAGAGAUUAAUCAUAUAUUUUAUAUUUCCUUAAGUAUCAGUUCCCAGAAAUGCACAACAACACAAGAAGGCCAUCUUGAUUAAAGAAGACAAUCAUUUUUACGAAAAGAAUAAGCAGUUGAUUUUUAAUUUUCAUAUGGAUUAUUUUGUAUAAUUUUUAUGUUUACACUUGCUCUUUCCCAAAGUAUCUAGAGUUGGUAGGUGCCAGUAAACUAUUGUUGUACAGUAAUAACAUACUACUUCUUUCUGGCAUCAUUUCAAUAAUUGUAAAUGGAGUUCCAGACAUUCCACUAACCUAAUGAAGAAGGAAGAAACCCGAGACUAAUUGGUAAGAGGAUGGGAAGUGUUCCUGUUCUUUGACAUUGUAUUGUGGUAUUUCUAUUUUUUCUAGUACACAGAAAAAUUAUCCUUUAAUUUGAUCAUAUUGAAGCACAAUUGUCCCAAGAAUUCUCUUAUCAUAGAGCAAAUAGAGGUAGUUCUCUAUUUUCACUCUAAAUUAAAUUAACUGUGUAGGAUCAUCCUAUUCACUCUAAAUUAAAUUGACUGUAGUAUAGGAUCAUUUUACCAUUUAUAUAGUACCAAAACUCCUUUGCGCAUUCCGUUGAUAGCCAAAUGUUGAACCACAAAGCUUUAAAGUGUCUUCCCAGUGGUGAAGGGUUAUCUUUCAUAUUGAAGGAAAAUAUGUAUUAUUAAUGUUGCACUUGGUGAGAACACUUUAGUAUAGUUUACUUCAGUUGUAUGAAGGCUACUAAUAAAACUGUUAGGAGGAGUAUUUUAAGCAAAUAUGGUGACAUUGUUUUUACUAUUAUUUUGAAAAGUUUAUUCUAACUAGCAUCUAGAACUUAGUGUGCAUAUAGUAAUGGCAGCUUUUGUUACAGUCCAAAGUUACUUCUUUUGUUAAAUAAUGUAGAGAAUAUGCAGCAUCAUGCAUUUUUUAUGAGUAAUUAGCAAAUUCCCAGAUAAUUUGAAGGAUCAUUAUGGUUUUGUAUAUUUUGACUGCAUAAAGAUAUUUUAUAUCUAUUUUAAGAGUUCCGGUGUCUGUGUUAUAUGAGAUGAAAUUUUUAAUACUGCAUAAUUUAUAAAUAUAUAAAUAUAGUUAUGUAUAUAUACAUAUCAUUCUUCUUUAAAGAAGAGGGUGGUAUCCCACAUAUAUGGUGAACAUAUCUAGUGAAUGUGACAUUAUUGUUUUAAAAAGUGUUAUUUUGUUAUUUGAAACUUGUCAUACUUUAACUUUAGUUUUCAUAUUGAAGACUGCAAAUGGCUCUGGAUGCUCAUUUCUUAAAAAUAGAAUUUCUGAUAUCAGCAAAGAAUAUGUUACACAGAUUUAUGUUUAUUCACAGGAUUAUGAUUUAGAUAGAUUUAAUUUGUAGGUAGAAAUCAUUUUCUUGUGUAGAUUUAAUUUGUAGGUAGAAAUCAUUUUCUUGUAACUGAUUGGAAUUGUACAUGUAAUUUAAGCAAUAAUUUUGGGAAACUAAAAUUCAAUAUGAUGUGUUUAUAUUAUGAAAAUAAGAUGUAGUUAAUUAUGGCUUUGUGAAAAGAAAGAAAUGUAGGGGAUGUAUCAUACAAUUUUUUUUUUCUUUAAUGGCAUGUUUUCACACUGGCAGAACAGCUUGCUAUCAUAAACAGGCCUUCAUCUUGGCCCAUUAGUACAUAUAUGCAUUUAGCCAACACACACUUGAAAUAUUAUCUUAAAAGUAAAAUUGCUUCUUUUCCAUAAAUUUGGACAAUAUCUUUUUCCUGUGGUGAAAGGAAAUGUCACACCUAGAAUGUUAAACAGUAUAAUAUAAAUCUUUCUAGCACAUCUCAUUAAUGUUGAAUCAUUAUCAUUUAAAGAAAUAUAUUGGACAGUCUUUCCCUUCCAUUUCUUCCCAAGAAAGCAAAGAGAUAACCUUAGAGAUUAUGGUGAUCAUCAUGCAUAGUUUCAGCAUUGCCAGAAAAUGUGCUUGUGUGACACUGCCUCAGUUUCUUAUACCUAUUUACACAUUUCUUUCAUAUUUCCUGAGGUUGGUAAAAUGUUAAAUUUUGAUGUGUAUUUUGUGGAAUUUUAAGAUUUGUCAUUAAUGGAAUGAGACAUAUUUGCAUGGCAGUUUUGAUUAAAUGAAAGUUGCAUGUAUAAUGUUCUGUCAGAGAGAAGUUUAUCAUUGCAUUACAGUUAAAAUGUACUUUUCUUAUAUUUUAUAGUAAUUAAAAAAUGCAAUAAAUUCAUACAAUACUAGUUUUGAUAUAGUAAGGUAGGUUGACAAACAUGACUAUAGGUAUUUUUAUUUAAGUCUUGUGCUGCAAACAGAUUGAUACUUGACUGACUCACAUUCCUCUAGUGCUGUUUUUCUUUAAUUUGGAGUUUACUAGAAUUAUGUUCUUGAUAUAUUUUCUCUUCGUUUGUUGGUGAUGAAUAACUUCCGUGGGAAAGAUAAAAUUGAAUUAAAUAUAGAAAAAACAUUUGAUUUUUGUGUGAUUUUUAACAAUAAUUAUAACACUGUAGCUAUAAUAUACAUUAUCAAGGUACAUAAGGCAUGCACACUAAACAAAGAAUAUCAAGGUCAUGCGCCCUAAGCAAAGAAUUUAUAUAAUUUAAAGUUUAAUUAUACAUACCAUUGGCAAGUUGCUGUACUUUUUGUGUCAGAAAUUAUGUGAGAUAAAAACUUUAUUUUUUAUUUUUUUGGGGGGUGGGGAGGUUAACAAAAUAUGCAGACAUCUGAUUAUCACAAUCCUCUUACUGAAACCUAAGGCAUUGUCUUGCACAGCCAUUGUGCUAUGUAGCCAUAAUAUUUUGAGCUUAAUUUUUAUAAGGAAAACCAUAUUGUGACUCAAUCUUACAGGAAGAUGUUCUUUACCUUCAUAGUUUUCAAGUAUUUGAUUAUCUAUAUACUAUGUAUAUGUUAAUCAUACCUUAUUUUUGAACUUGGUAUAUAUACUAUGUAUGUAUGCUGUUAUUUCAUAGAUAUUUGCAGACAGAUCUCUGGGGUCCAUAUUUUCUUGAAUGUUUUUACCAUAAAGUGAAAAUAAUGUAGGUUAUUUUUUUUAGUACUGUAAUUUGCUGUUUGAUAAUUAUAAGUGCUGGACAUGAUAAAUAAAAGUUUCCUGGUGAUUUAAGGAGGUUCAAACCUUAAGAGUGUAGUAACUAAAGAUUCAGUACUUAAAUUAUUUCUUUUGAAAGACAGAAAUUGAAAAUAGCUUCCAAGUUUCCCAUUACCCCUCUUGGUGCUGUAUUUGGCAUAAAUCUUCAUGUUUAAUAGUUUGAGCAACUAUUUUAAGUGUACAUUGUAACUGUUUGUUCAUUGAAGUGGUAAGGGAUAUGGCUGAGGGUAUAAUAAUCUUAAUUGUUUAAUUAGAUUACAGUGAAAAAAAUGGUUUUUUAUGGUAAUGCUCUUGUCCCGUGUUUUGAGAGAAGUCGUAAUGUUUGAAAUUAGCUAUUCUAUUUGUGAGAGGUAAUAAAAUAGAGAAAGGAGAAAACUUCCUUGAAAUAUACUAUAUUCAAAAUACAGUAACACUAACACAUUAAUGAUGCUAAUUCAUUAGGGAUUUAUGGCUCCUUAAAAGAAAGCUGAAAACUUCUAAAUUUGUGGGAAUGUGGAUUUGGGUUUUUAUGGUGUGAUGAUAAAGGCUCGUAUCACAAUUAGUUAUAUUUUUGUGUUAAUUUGCAUUCAAAUGGUGCUUCAGCCUAUACUGUAAAGUGUGUCCUGUUAAUGAUUCACCAGCUUUCUCCAAGAAAGUAUGAGCAGUCAUGUGACCAUCAUGCCCAAGGUGACCACUGACAUAUUACAUCCUAGGAUGUAAUAUGUCAAGGUAUAAGGAAUGAUAACCUUUUGCUUGUUGGUUGUCUUUGUCCUGUUUUUCUCUGGUAGUAAACAAGCCCAAUUUUGUUGUGAGGGUCAUGGGCUGCCACAUAACUGUUUUAUGUCCCGUAUCCCAGUAGAUGAACAUACAUUAUGUAUUGCUCAGAGGGUCUUCCUUGUGACAAAUGUUCCUCAUACCAGUCACCUCAGUGAAAGGAGUAUGGUAAAAAGAAGAGGAAGUCUAGGAGGUUCAUAUGUUCUUCAGAGGACAGAAACUAUGCCAAAUCCUUUUGAAAUCAUUUUCCUCCAUCUACCACUCCUCUCCCACCUACCCCUGGCUCCCCAUCUGGGAAGGGUAUGUCACCCCACUAACAAACCCACUGUUGCAGCUUUUUCAGCUGGAUUUAUUAGCAGGAGGAAACCCUGAUCAUCCACUUACCAAUAUAAUGGCUUCAGCAGUAACAGUGACGUCUUUUCUGACAGGUGAUCCUCAGAUGCUUAGGUGAUACCUAUAGCUGAGCAAGCUGAUAUGCAAAUUCCCUUUCUCUUGCAUCAACCAUCUCUCCGGUGUGCAAGUACACCAAGGAGUUAGAUAAAGGUAAAAGGAAGAAACAUGACUGCCAUUCUUCCCCUUUCUUCUUUAUCAAUAUCGUUUUCCAUUUCAUUUUCCUCAUCUUCCUUCUCAUCCUCCUCGAUGUAGGAAGAAGAAAGGGAAGUCCAAGACCCAUAGGAAGACAUUCAGGUAGACCUCUCCCUAUUACUCCUCAUUCCACUGACAGCGCUGAGGUGUCAGUUUCCCUCCAGAAGUUAGUGCUACAGUAUAUAACCACUUGGACAUGAAGAACACACUUAUCUUCUCAUUGAGAACUCAGAGGCUCUCACUGGCAAGGCUCUCCAUCCUCCCACACUGGGUUCCAACUUCGACUUGGGACCGAUUUCUUCCACCUCCCACAGGCAUGGUUUUCCACACGACCUUGAGGAGAGAGAGAGCGAGAGAAGAGUAGUGUGAACUCCUGCUUUUCUCCCCGGUGUCCAUACUCGGUUUUGACCAAGGAUCAGAGUCGAGGUCUGAACUCGGUUCAGAUUGAGGUCUUGUUGGUUCCCGUCUGCAGUCUCAAUCAAGAGGCUUGACUGGUGCUGAGUGGAAGCAGAAGCUUGGUAUGACCCUUCUAAUCCAAGAGAGGGGAUAACUCAAGCCUCUUGGGAUCGUUUAGAUCAUGUGGAACCUGUUCCUCUAGAACCUCUUUGGGCUGAGUUGGAACAAUGUUUUCAGGAGGUUCUUUCACUCAUUCGUUGGUGAAAGAAUCUCAGGGAGGGUGACUUUGGCUUCUGCCUUAUGUAAUUUCUCAACUCCAGAAUGGAUUUUUGGCUCCACUCCAGAGGCUAGACUAUCUAAGUCAGGUUGCCAUGGUCACUGUAUCUCAUGGUGUUGUGGUGGAGUGAAUGCCCUGAUCUGCUGGUCUGAGAGUUCCCUUACUGCUAGCAGAUCUCCUUUUAUACUUAAGCAGAGGUUUGAAAUACCAGAGGAUGCAGAGGAUUUGGUGAUUGGCAAACAGCCUCCCUCUCAAAGCUGCAGAGUUCGGUAACUUGAAAUCCAUAGCGAUGGCUUCAGUGUAUGCAGUAUCUUGGUUAGAUGUGUGGAUGGGUGCCCUCACUGAGUGUGUCAUGAAAUCUCUCCCGUAAACCAACAGAGCUACAAUCAGGAAAGUUCACACUCCACCUUCACAGAUGAUGGUUAUCCAGCAACUUCUGCAAGAGAAAAACUGUUCUUGCAUAGUAGAGAACAAAUUUUUGCAUACCUCUGUAAUUCCUCAGCAAAAGUGCAUAUCUGUUCACCAGACCUGGUAUUUCCUCAUCUUUCUUUGUCAAGAAAAGAGCACCUAUAAUUUUCUGCAGUAAGGGGCUAUCACCCUAUUCUUCACAACUCAUUUGAGCCACUAUUAUUAUUCAGAAAAUGAACCCUAUUCAUAUGGAACAAGCCACAGGGGCCAGUGACGAAAUACAAGCUUCCAAAGAAUAUGGUGUUCAUUAGGAAGAAGUAAGAGGAGGUACGGGUAAAUACACAAAAGACCCCACAUUAAUAGAGACUAUUAAUAAAAAAUUAAUUUAUAAAUUAACCAAUAGAUAAAAAUGCAUUAAAAUGCUUGAACUUCUGAAGUUCCAAAUGUAUGUCAUCCUUUGGGAGGCCAUUCCGUAGCCCAACGGUGUGAGAAAUAAAGAACCUUGGGCACUGAAAAGUUAGACAGCGAGGCACAUUUACCAACUGUUCAGCAAAUCAGGUUGCUCUCGGCAGACAAGGGGAAUCUGUGAACAGUUGUGAAUAUGAAAAUGAAAGAUCUCAGUUUAAAAACAACUCGAGUGACAAACAAAAGACUUUACUACACCCACAAGUUUGAAUCAUCGGCAUACCAUACUGAACAAUCGUGUUUUCCAGGCCAACAACCAUGCCACUUGUAUACACUAAAAAUAACAGUGGACCAAGAACACUGCCCUGUGAUUUACUAAACUGAAACCAGCACUAAAUCUUCUAUGAGUGACUCUGCACUCAAAACCUUUAUCAAGGUUCCCUUGCAAAUGGCAUGUCAAGUGUAAAAGAACACAGGUACCUAACUGCUUCCUAUAUGCAUACUGACUAUCAGCUAACAAUCCUUUAGAUACAACAUGCUUACAUAGUAGCUUAAAAAUAAGUUUUUCAGCAACUUUGUAGAGCACAGGGAGACUUGAGAUUGGCCUGGAGUUACUGCAGUCUGCAGAUAAGCCACUCUUACGUCAACAUAAAAAUCUAUAGACUACGAAACUUGCAAGACACCACAUUAGAAACUUUUUGAAGUAAAGGGAAGAAAUCAUCAGGGUCUUCACCCAAGCUAUCAAGAUUAUCCAGAAUUUUCUUAACAUCACUGGAAUGAAUUGUAAAUUUUGUAAGAAGAGGUUCAGGAUGACAAGUAUGAUGGAGAGGGAUAUCCUCAGUUAACUGAUUAGCUUUAAAAGCUUGAUUAAGCAGUUCAGUAUUUUCCCUAGGGUCAGUAACCAAUCUACCAUCAUCUAUUAGUAGUGGUGGAAUGAGUAUGACCCAAAAAUAGAUGAUGCCAAUUUGGUCCACUAGAAUUGUUAUUUCUCUCGGCUGUAAGAUAAGUUGUAUCUGCACCACAACAGGAAAGAAUUAAAAUUAACAAAAUCAGAAUCAAAACUGAUACACUCAACAACAGUAACAUUGUAAAUACCAACAGAACAAUAAACAACAAAACAUACCAUUAACAACAACUGUGUUAUUUACAAAAUUCUGUUGAGAGUAUAAGUGAAAAUCACCAUAUAUCAUUGAAAAAAGCACCAGAAGCAACUGGUCAACAAGGUGUGCCAGCACACCUUGUAAGGCAAAACAGGUCUGCCACAACAAUGGGGAGUGCGAAGUUAGGAUGGAUUUAGAAAAAAAAUGCUCAAGAGGGAAAAGAUUAAUUAAAGACGAAGACACUUGACUGAUAAUCCACCAAAUAACUUUUGCUCUCUCAUCAGCCUGUCCUGCACACUUGAAAAAUUCAGGAAACUCAAACCUAAGACCAAGCACCUCAGUGGCGUGCCUACCAAGGCUAGAGAGUCACUUCUACCGGCACAGUCUGCCUUUUCUAAGCUCCAUGCUCGAUGUCCAUACUGUGCACAGUUGAGCAGCUGGUUGGGUUCUCCCCUUUGUUCACUUUGGGUGUAUGUAGGUGGGACUUACCCAUGCACAUGAAUUUAUGGGAUUGGGAACAUCUCUUGUCCUUAGAGAGAACUUUUAAUUUUUCAGGUAAUGAGCACUGAAGAAUGGCGUAGUCAGAUCACCUUCACCUGAAUCCACUUCAGGUAUUGUCACCCAAAAGUUCCUGGACAACAUGUACCAUAAAUUUGUGCAGAGUACAUAAGCUUGGUUCAUUCUUGUAUGAAGAGAAAUUAAGGGGUGAAUGGUUAUUCCUUCCUUUCCCCUUUCUAAUUGAAUUGGGUAGGAUUAAGAAUAAGUAUACAACAAGCACCUGCUCUAGUAGUUUAGAAUACAUUGCCUUCUGUCCUUUUUCUUUAACAAGGGGGAGGAAGGAGAUAGUAGAGCUUUCUCUAAACCCAUGAUUUAUGGAUAGCCAGAAAAUCCUGCCUACCUUUUUACCAAUUUUUAUGGGUGUUGUCAUGGUUCUCAAAAAAAAAAAAAAAAAAAAAAACCUACGUACUCAAAUUCCCUCUAAUUUUAAGAGGCACUUUCCUAGUUUGUAUUA